AUGUAUCAUAACAUAUCUCUGUCCCUACCUCUCACAGAAAACUUGAUAGCAAUUGCAAUCCUCUCCCGAGGACGGUGUGGACUUUCCCGGUGCAUCACCUAUUACUUGGUGGCAAUAGCAGUGAGUGACUUCAUUGUCAUCAUUACCGCUGUUGUACUGAACCGGAUUGGACGCAUUCACUUUCGGGAGUGUUACCUGUCUACCACGCUUGCUUGCAGACUCGGUGCAGUGCAGGUCCGUUGCAGCCGGGAUGGUUCAGUCUGGUUGACCGUGGCCUUCACCUUCGACCGCUUUGUAGCCAUUUGUUGCCAGAGAGCGAAGGCCAGAUACUGCAAGGAUAAAACUGCAUCGUUGGUGAUUGGAGUAAUCUAUGCCUUGAGCUGUAUCAAGAACAUCCCUUUCUACUUCAUCUAUCAACCUUUGUAUACUGUGAAUGGAGUGGGCUGGUUUUCUGACGUUCGAGUGAUCUUCUAUACUUGGCCAAUCUGGCAAGUCUAUGACUGGUUGGACCACACAUUUACACCUUUUCUACCAUUCUUGCUUAUCCUGCUUCUGAACAACUUGACCGUACGGCACAUCUUAGUAGCCAGCAGAGCACGCAGGAGGCUCCGGGGUGCCGACAAUCGUGGUGCUAUGGAGAUGGCCAAUCUCAAGAAGUCCAUAGUCUUGCUCUUCACAAUCUCCAUCAGCUUCCUUCUCUUGUGGGCAAGCUAUCUCGGGCAUUUUCUCUACGUGCGAAUUACAGGUGAAGGCUACAUCUCUGGCCUGGAUUUUAAUGACCCAUGGUAUAUCAUUCAAGAGAUGGUUAAUAUGCUUCAGUUGCUCAGUUCCUGCAACAACGUCUUCAUAUACGCAAUCUCCCAGAACAAGUUCCGAGAAGAGAUAAAGAAGGUGCUGGUGUGUCCUUUUAGCACGAUCACUGCUGGAUUUAAAUAG